AUGCCUCAUAACAGAGCAAGCUCUUGGAGUAUUGGUGAGAGAUCGAUGCUCGACUUCACGGUUCCGUCGACCGACCGCCAUUUGCCAUCGUUGUCUAUUUACAGCCAACAACUCAAAGAUCUUGACGAAUGGCUGCUGAUGUAUAUCGCCACUCUUGAGCAAGGGCAAAGUGUAGCCGUGAACCGCGGGGAGACUGUCUCUGCUUCUUACCUGUGCCAGCAACUCCGAAGAUUAUUCACAACGGCUGAACCCGACAUGGUCCGAGGGCCUCAAAUAGACUGGAUGCAAGUUGUCUUAUUCCAAGACUCAUUGUCGUCAAACACGGAAGAGGAUACGUACACCCUUGGAGAUUCGGUGGUGCGGAUUUCGACGCAGGACAUGGAUCUCAUUUCCUCAGGUCGGCCCCGGCAAUUCCUUACACCAUGGCCGCCGACUUCUGACAUUCAGAAGGAGGUUAAUAUUUUGAGUGUUGUCGCUGAUGAACUUGGAGGUCUCAUGAGGGCCCUAACUUCUUGUAAGUAA